AAAAGCGAGAAGAAGCGACCUCGAUGGAUGUCGCAGGUCAAAAACUGGCUGGCGACCAGCGAGCCCUCCGUCCAGGCGAUGAAGGACCAGAAGAAGAACGUCUUCAAGAAGCACGGCAUCGACUUGAACGAUCCGCUCGCUGCUGCCAAGAUGCACUCUCCCAUGGGAAAGGUGCCCACGGAUGCCGUCACGUCCACAUCGGGCCCUACUCCUGAGCAAGCUCUCAAGGAGAAGGGCCGGGCAAAGGAUAGAGCGGCGUCCUUUGGCAGACAUGGCCGCGGUACUCAGUCGUCGGUGUCGAGCAGCUUCUCUUCGCUGCCGAGCGUGAAG